CAACAUAUAUAUACUUUUCAGCAUUUUCAGUGUCAAUACGUUCUAGACAUUUCUGAUCAGUAAAUCUGAAUUUUUUUGGUAGAUAAUCGGUUUUCUUUUUUUAUUCUUGUUAACCGACCUUUGCCGAUUUUCUCUGAAUUUCUCCUUUGUCAUACGUUGCUAAAAGUGAGGAAGUCAGCAACGAGGUACAUUGGCAGCACUGCUUUGGUUGGCUGAAGCUGAGCCAAGCUGAGCUGAGCUUGCUCUUGUCAACUUGGAGUUAAGUUCAGUUAAGUUAUUGCGAGUGUUUACGAGGUAACACUUAAUUUUCGUGAUAAUUCUGAGUCAAGCAAAAAGAGGAGGCUGAGUUCUCGCGUUGUGGUUUUGAAGAAGCCAUUUCUAAGCCGGGCAUCAUGGAUGAUUUACAGAAUUACAAGCUGCAACUUCAGCAGGUGGAAGCGGCUCUCACGACAGAUCCGAAUAAUGAGGAGUUGAUAAAGCUGAAAUUCGAUCUGAAGGAAGUAAUAAAGCUGACACAUGAUUUAAUUAAGUCACAACAACAGGAAAAAAGACAAGCCAAUGGCAUGGAUGCUAAAGAUCCUAUUUUGCUUGCAGUUCUGGCCAAUAAGUGGAAAGUCGGCGAUCAGUGUAUGGCACCUUGGAGCGAGGAUGGCAAGUAUUAUGAAGCAACUAUAGACGCGAUAAGUGAAGAUGGAAUAGUAAAUGUAACAUUCAAUGAGUACAAAAAUACUGAUGUAACUAUGCUCAGUCAGUUGAAAUCUGUUGCUAAGAGGCCAGCAUCAGAUUGGGCGGAUCAGAAAUCAAAGAAAAGGAAAAUGCAAGCAGCUGCAGUUGCAGGUUCGGAUCCAAACAAGCAAAGGGAAUAUCUUAAAAAGAAGAAACAAAGGAAAUUACAACGAUUCAAGGAAUUGGAGGAGGAACGCGAAUUAGAAAAGAACAAAUGGCUAGCAUUUACUAAUAAGUCUUCGAAGAAAGGUGUCAUAAAGAAGAGCAUCUUUGCGACACCAGAGAACGUGAAUGGUCGCGUGGGAAUUGGUACCUGUGGUGUCAGCGGUCGAGAAAUGACAAAGUUUAGUAACGGGGAGAAAUGGAGGCGAGGAGCUUAAAUAACUUAUAUGUAAAUAAAUAGAGAUAUAACUAACUGGUGGAAGAGAUAGAAAGUUGUCGUGAAAUUAUCAUCAUAUUAUAUCAAAGACUGGUUUAUAAACGCUUUGGCAGUAUGUGGAUGAAUGACAUUGGAGAACGUCUUUGCGAGAUUAACGGUUUCAAGUGAAGUGUGAAUAAUAUCUUCUCUUAGCAGCACUGAUCUUACAAAUACCGAGACAGUUUCAAAUUUUUUACCAUAAUUCAAAAAGUAACUGCAGCGAAUAAAUGUGUUUUUAGAUUAAUACAUUUCCGUGAAUAUAACUUGUUUACAAUCUCAAUUAAUAGAAAUAAAUGUAUACUUUAAUGUGCAGUUUCUUUGAAGACACUUUUAUCUUUAAUAAGAGACUGUGUGAAUGUUGUAUGUAUAUGUAUAAUGCAAAUUAAGUAAAGGGAAAUAGAUUAAAAGGAUCAUUAUUAAUAAAGAAUUAUAUGUAUAUUAAUGUGUGUGUAUAUGAUACGCGCACGCUAUACACACGCGCGCGCACACACAUACGCACACACACACACACACACACACACACGUAUUAAUGAUACUAGUAAUAGAGAAAAGGCUUUUUUUGUAAUAUUUUAUUUUUAUUAUUAAAAUAUACUAAUAUUCAAAGUUGUAAAUUU